AUGAGUUUGAGAUACUUGCUAUUUAUUUUUAUAGUAUUCAUCUCAAGAGAACUCUAUGCAGAAGAGAAACAGUGUGAUUUUCCUAUGGUGGAAAAUGGAAGGAUUGCCCAAUAUUAUUAUACAUUUAAACGCUUUUACUUUCCAAUGAGCAUAAACAAAACACUGUCAUUCUUCUGCUUGGCUGGCUUUGCAAGCGAAAGUGGGAAGCAAGAAGGGCAAAUCAGAUGUACAGCAGAAGGCUGGUCUCCAAAGCCAAGGUGCUUCAAAAAAUGCCUGAAGCCUAACCUAAGGAAUGGUUAUGUCUCUGAUGGAAAAGUACUGUACAAAAUUCAAGACAGCAUGCGCUAUGGUUGUACUUCAGGAUACAAAACCACUGGAGGAAAGGAUGAGGAGGUGGUCCAGUGUCUUUCUGAGGGGUGGUCUUCACAACCAUCCUGCAGGAAGGAACAAGAGACAUGUUUGGCCCCUGAGUUGUAUCAUGGGAAUUAUUCCACGAUGCAGAGAAUAUUCAAAGUGGAGGACAAAGUGCAAUACUCUUGUGCUGCUGGUUACUACACUGCUUCGGGGAAGCAGGCUGAGGAAGCAGAAUGCUACGUACAUGGGUGGUCCCUCACCCCACAGUGCAACAAAUUAAUGUGCUCUUCUUUGAGAUUAAUAGAAAAUGGCUAUUUUCAUCCUGUAAAGAAAACCUAUGAAGAAGGAGAUGUAGUUCAGUUUUUCUGUCAUGAAAAUUACUAUCUAAGUGGAUCUGAUUUAAUUCAGUGCUAUAACUUUGGCUGGUAUCCAGAAUCUCCCAUAUGUGAAGGAACAAGAAGUCGAUGUCCUCCUCCACCUGUUCCUCUAAAUUCCAAAAUUCAACCAUAUUCAACAACUUACCGCCAUGGAGAAACAGUUCGUAUAGUAUGUGAACUUAAUUUUGUGAUUCUGGGUUCAGAAGAACUCCUCUGUGAAAAUGGAAAGUGGACAGAACCUCCCAAAUGCAUUGAAGAGAAGGAGAAGGUAGCCUGUGAGCAACCACCCUCCAUUGAAAAUGGUGCUGCCCAAGCACACUCUGAGAUUUACUACAGUGGGGAUAAAGUGACAUACAGGUGUGAAGGAGGCUUCCAUCUCCGGGGAUCAAGUAUGAUAACUUGUAACCGUGGCCAAUGGACGCUGCCACCUGAGUGUGUUGAAAAUAAUGAGAACUGUAAGCCUCCACCUGAAAUAGCGAAUGGUGCUGUUAUUGAUGGCUUAUUGGCAAGUUAUACAACAGGAUCGUCAGUGGAGUACAGAUGCAAUGAGUAUUACUUACUGAGUGGAUCAAAAGCAUCUCACUGUGAACAAGGAAAGUGGUCAUCUCCACCUGUUUGCUUGGAGCCAUGCACUAUUGAUGCAGAUCGCAUGAGCAGAAAUAACAUACAGAUGAAGUGGCAAUAUGAGGGCAAGAUUUUACAUGGAGACCUAAUAGAUUUUGUGUGUAAACAGGGAUAUGACUUGUCUCCAAACACCCCGCUGUCUGCGUUGUCCGUGCAGUGCAAUAGAGGAAAUGUGAGAUACCCCGUGUGUGUUAGAAGAGAAUCUAGAGGGAUGUGUGCGUCUCCUCCCCUGAUAAGAAAUGGAGACAUUGUCAGUUCAGCAGGCAGCACCUAUGAAAAUGGCUCUUCAGUAGAAUACCGGUGUUUUGACAACCAUUUCCUACAAGGGUCAAGGGAGGCCUAUUGUAUAGAUGGAGUGUGGACUGCACCGCCAAUGUGUUUAGAGCCUUGCCCAUUAUCAUUUGCUGAAAUGAAAAAGAAUUAUUUACAACUGAAAUGGAAUUUUGACAAUAGACCACUCAUUCUCCAUGGCGAGUAUAUUGAAUUUAUUUGCAAGAGAGGUGCAUACAUAACUGAGACUUCUGUUACUGGGUCUGAACUUCGAGUGCAAUGUGACAGAGGAAGGCUGAAAUAUCCAACGUGUACACAAAGAGAAAGGAGUCUGUCUUUCUAAGAUGCUUUACAGACAUAAAAACAAGUGGAAGGAAGAGAAAGAGUAUUUCAGCAUGAAUCCUAGAGGAAGACUGUGCUGAGUUCGGUGUUCUGAGGCUUUACCUCUGCAUAAAAAUGUACUCAAUAUUUUCCUUAUUUAUAAAUCAAAGCAAAAAUGUGUUUCAUUUUAGUUUGAUUUCACAUUUAACCUGAACUUCAAUUUAUCUUUCACCUGUUAAAUUUGAUUUAGUCUGCAAAUCAUUCCUGUUUUCU